CUUAGCUCAUUCAUUGGAGCUUCUGGAAUGCUUGUGUCAUGAUAGAAUGCAAUUCAGGAGUCGUUUAGGUGUUGGUAAAAGAGUAAUUUGCUUUAAUUCCACUUGCAUUUUAAGCCAUGCAUAGAGUAUUCCUCUAAAGUGUGACUAUCUAAUAUAUGCUGUCCGAGAAAAGGGUUUAUUGUUUUUUUCCCUAUGAAUUUCUCUACAGGAAUUACUCCCUGAUUCCAAAUAACAGUGAUUAUAGUUUAAACUGGGAAUGGAAAAUAUAUUGAAUAACAGGUAAUACAAACAAACCCUGGAAUUAAGUACUUUGAUAUGAAGUCAAUAAUGUCAUACCAUCACCCAAUUAAAAGAAAUUAAAGAAAUUGAUGUUUAGAUAUUGAGUAAAUAGAAUUUUUAUUUGGGAUUUGUGAAAUGAAUUGGAGGUAUUUAGUUUCCUUUUCAUGAGCUUGAUAAGGUGGGUGAUUCUAUUUGUGAUCUACAUAUGGAGAUACUUGCAUUCAGAACCCUGUGACUAGGUGUGCUGUGUGUUCAUGGAUUCCUUGGCCUGCUGGAAAUCAGACCCUGUGGAAGACUGUAAUCUGUACUGUUGGUCCAUUUUGUUAUACCUCUCAUCACUACACGAAUGGACAUUUGAAAGUGCUGUUGUCAGACGCUUGCAAUCAUGGAAACCUCAUCAAUGCUGUCCUCAUUGAAUGAUGAGUGUAAAUCAGACAAUUACAUUGAGCCUCACUACAAGGAAUGGUAUCGAGUAGCCAUUGAUGUACUAAUUGAACAUGGGUUAGAAGCAUACCAAGAAUUUCUUGCCAAGGAACGGGUAUCAGACUUUCUAGCUGAGGAAGAAAUUAAUUAUAUUCUGAAAAAUGUCCAGAAAGUUGCACAAAGUACAGCACACGGUACUGAUAACUCCUACGAUGAUACCUCCUCUUCAGGGACUUACUGGCCCAUUGAAUCUGAUGUGGAAGCUCCAAAUCUUGACUUAGGCUGGCCGUAUGUGAUGCCGGGACUCUUAGGGGGCACCCAUAUAGACCUCCUCUUUCAUCCACCGAGAGCACAAUUACUUACAAUUAAGGAAACUAUUCGGAAGAUGAUCAAAGAAGCAAGAAAGGUCAUUGCUUUAGUGAUGGAUAUAUUUACAGAUGUGGACAUUUUCAAAGAAAUAGUGGAGGCAUCAACUCGAGGGAUAUCUGUAUACAUUCUGCUUGAUGAAUCCAACUUUAAUCAUUUCCUAAAUAUGACUGAAAAACAGGGCUGUCAAGUUCAACGACUCAGGAAUAUUCAAGUGCGGACAGUAAGAGGCCAAGAUUAUCUUUCCAAAACAGGAGCAAAAUUUCAUGGAAAAUUGGAACAGAAAUUUUUGUUAAUUGACUGCCAGAAAGUUAUGUAUGGGUCCUACAGCUACAUGUGGUCAUUUGAAAAAGCUCACCUCAGCAUGGUUCAGAUAAUCACAGGACAGCUUGUUGAGUCCUUUGAUGAAGAAUUUAGAACUCUCUAUGCCCGAUCCUGUGUCCCCAGUUCAUUCGCUCAAGAAGAAUCAGCAAGGGUGAAGCCUGGCAAAGCACUCUGGGAGAAUGGCACCUACCAGCGGUCACUUUCUUCAUUAGCUUCCGUUUCCAGCCAAAGAAACCUUUUUGGCAGACAAGACAAAAUUCAUAAACUAGAAUCUGGAUACUUCAAAAACAGAGGGAUAUAUACUCUAAAUGAACAUGACAAAUACAGCAUAAGAAAUCAUGGAUACAAGCCUCAUUUUAUUCCAAACUUUAAUGGUCCAAAUACAGUCCGUCAGUAUCAAUCCAGUCAGAUAAAUGAAAAUUGGAAGAGGCAUAGUUAUGCUGGGGAACAGCCAGAAACAGCACCAUACCUGCUGCUUAACAGGGCUCUAAAUCGAAACAUUAAUCCUCCAGGUAAUUGGAAAAAGCCUUCAGAUAGCCUCAGUGUGGCCUCCUCAUUGCGAGGAGGCUACGUGAGCCACCAAAACACACCUGCCCAGAGUUUUGCUGAUCGGCUUGCCCAGAGAAAAACAGCAAAUCUUGCAGAGAGGAACUCAAAUGUGCGGAGGUCUUUUAACGGAACAGAUAAUCAUAUUCGCUUUUUGCAACAAAGAAUGCCAACCCUUGAACAUACCACGAAGUCCUUCUUGCGUAACUGGAGAAUUGAAUCCUACUUAAAUGAUCAUUCAGAAGCUGUACCUGACUCAAAUGGAUCGGCUCUAGGUGACCGGUUUGAGGGCUAUGAUAGUUCCGAAAAUUUGAAAGCCAGUGCCCAUUAUACUCAUUCUCGGCUUCGUUCCUCUUUUGUGUUUAAACCAACUUUACCCGAACAGCAGGAAGUUAACAGUUGUACGACUGGCUCCUCAAAUUCAACUGUCAUUGGUUCCCAGGGAAGUGACACACCUAAGGAGGUCCCGGACACCCCUACAAGUGGACAGCACGUGACAGACAAACCCAUGCCAGAAUCAAGCCCCAAGCUCCCGUUGCAGUCAGAGGCACCAAAAAUGCACACCUUGCAGGUUCCCGAAAACCACUCCACAGUCUUAAAUCAAACCACAAAUGGCCAAACAGAGGCAAACAACUAUUUAUAUACAUCCUUGUGUGUAAAUAAGCAGACAGAAAAUCUAAAGAAUCCACAAAAUGAGAAUCUGCUCAAAAGGCGAAGUUUCCCAUUCUUUGACCACUCAAAAGCCAACCUAGAUCAUGGACAUAGUAAGCAUUAUGUAUAUAGUACGCUUACCAGGAAUCGAGUUAGACAACCAGAAAAACCCAGAGAGGACUUGCUGAAAAGUUCUAAAAGCAUGCACAACGUGACCCAGAGCAUAGAAGAGAAUAGGGAGGUCAUAAAGAGACAGCCUCCAAGUGGCACCACGACCAAGUCAAUUUCCGUUGCUGCUUUGCUUGACAUGAAUAAAGAUGAACCUGGCAAAGAACUCACUUCAAAGAAGGAAGUUAAAGGCUCUCCGAGUUUUUUGAAAAAGGGAUCUCAGAAGUUAAGGUCAUUACUUAGCCUUACCCCAGAGAAGAAAGAAAAUCUAUCCAAAAAUAAAGCACCUGCCUUUUAUAGAAUGUGUAGUAGUUCUGACACUUUAGUUUCUGAGGCUGAAGAGAAUCAAAAACCAAAAAAAUCAGAACCAAAAAUUGAUUCAUCUCCUAGAAGAAAGCGUUCUUCGUCAUCAAACUCUCAAGGCAGUAUUCACAAGAGUAAGGAAGAUGUAACUGUUAGCUCAUCUCAGGGGAUAAAUUCUCCAUCUGAUGAAAGUAGCAAAAUAAUACCUGCUCCAGGUCCAGUUGAAAACAAGUUCUUGGAAAGAGCAGGAGAUGCUUCUGCCCCGAGAUUUAACACUGAACAGAUCCAAUACCGAGAUUCGAAGGAGAUUAAUACAGUUCUUGCUCCUGAAAGAAAACCAGCUUCUUCUCCACGGCCAAAGCUCAAUGAGCUUCUAAGAUCUCAUUCAACCGACAGGCGCAUUUACAGUCGUUUUGAGCCAUUUUAUAAGAUUGAAAGCUCUAUUCAGCCAGCAAGCAACGUACCAAAUACUGGUGUGCACCGCCCAGAAAUAAAAUCCACAACCAUAGGCAAUAGUUAUGGCAGGUCCAGCCCGAUGCUUAAUUACAACACUGGUGUUUAUCACUCAUAUCAGCCAAAUGAAAACAAGUUCCGAGGAUUUAUGCAGAAGUUUGGAAACUUUAUACACAAAAAUAAAUGAAAUACUGUAAUUUCAAAUAGUUUUUAAAAUACAAAUGACUAUAGCUAUAAGCAUUUGUCCAAAGAACUUUGUGGACAGUUUUUGUAACAUGCCAAUAGAUUUCUGUAGGGAGAGAGUUUGGGGUAUGAUGUAUAUGUUUACCAGUGUACUAAUAUACAGUAAAGUUGUUCUGUGUGAUAAAGUUAGUUGUGCUUAAUUACAGUGUAGAUGAAAUGUCUCUAUACACAUGAUUUUUAAAUGGUAAUGGUAAAUAGAAUGUAAAUUGUCUUCUUCAGACUGAGGAUCUUCUUAAGUCUCAAAUAGAAACUUUAGUGGAGAGAUGGUGUAUGGAUUUUAAGCAUUCAUUCCAAAGUCUUUCCUUUUAAAAAAGGAUCCUAAUACUAUCAGUGGCCCUUUAUAAUAUAUCUUUAUGGGUUUUCAUAUUUCCAAAUUAUGAGAAAAAUAGGACAAAGCCUUUUUGGGUUUUAAUUACCUUUAAACUCUACAGGACAACUUGUUAUAUUUUAUUAAUUUUCCUGUGGAGCAUACACAACUGGUUGGGCAGCAACAGGGCAGUUUAAACUAUGUAGCUCAGCACAUCUUUCAUUUUGAGGUGUUUGCAAAGUAUCAGCCUCAUGUGGUACAUGGUAGGAAUUUCUUUUCCUCAUUUUGUAAAAAUCUUUCCACUCUGGACCAGAGGACCCCAUGCUGCCCUCACCAGUCAGCUGCUGAACUUAUAUAGUCAUUCCUUCCUUGAAACUUAGAGCAACCAGCAGAUAUUUGGGAAACCUGAAUUACACCUCUCCUCUAAGAUAAAAAAGCUUUUAGAAAUGUAAACUUCUGCAUAAAUUUUUAUCUUAGAGCAGUCCAACAAUGCUUAGGUGUUUUGCUUGCAAAAGUUCUUGCUCUUUUUUAUGCUGUGCCAAAUGCAGUGUGAGUGCAUAGUGUUUUCAUGAAAGUACCGUGAUGGACAUGAGAAGUGGUAUCUGGCCUCAUUCUUUCAUGACCAGAGAGCCCGGUUGAAAGUUUUAAAUCUUUCCUAUCUUAACUGGAUCAUCCUCAAGUAUUUAGAUCAUAAGAUACUCUUUGCCUUUCUUAAAGUAAUGAAAUUAAAGCCCCACAUCCAUUAAAGAGACUUUAACUUGGCUGCACUUCAUCCACAAAGGACAGAAUUCAAGAAACAACACACCAUUUGAGAAGUGUGAGGUAUUUCUGUAACUCUUUAAAUAUAUUAACACCUUCUAAGUUGUAAUAUGGGGCAGUAUGUUGUUUUAAAAAUUCAAGAUUCAGUCAAAUAAUAUCUAUUAAGUUAAAAUGAGAGUAUUAAAAUAUCAGUCAUUAAGAUAAUAUUCCAUAGUGUUUAAAAAACACGAUGAGAACAUGACAAGAGAAAACAUGACAGCAGGGAAAAGAAAAUCUAACAUUUAGUGAGCCCUCGUAUGGACCAGGUCUUGAGCUAGAACCUAAAAUUCCCACAAGAAUUAUUUUGUGGGUACCCUUGUCCUCAUUAUUUGUAGAUGAUGAUUGAGGUGAUAAAUGAGACUUUGAGACUCAGGUAAUGCUCCAAGUCACAUAACAAAUAAGUAAUUGUACUAACGUGUCUGUAACAUUGUCACAUCCCAUUACCUCCCAAAUGUGUUCAAUAUCUGCCUCGCCCAAACUGUUGAGAAUUAAAUGAGAGAAUAUUUAUAUUUUGUGACUCAGUGGUAAUCAGCCAAGAAAGCUUUAGUUGAAUUCCACCAGACAACAAGGACACGCAGGGCUCAAAAUAAUCGUAGUAGGUGAGGUAGGGAAUGGAAGUGACAUUACUUUCUGAUUGUAACUUACCAGGACAGUUUUAAUUGCUAGGCCACCAUUUUGAUCUUGUGCUGGCUGCCCUGUGACAAUGAAAAGGGAAAGGAAACAAGUUUAACUUGUGUCUGUGCUAGGCAAAGCAGUCCUUUAGGAAGCUAGGCAGGGGAUGGAACUCAAUGUUAAAUAUAUUACCUUGUUAACUAUUCACAAUAAUGCUGUAAAGUAAAUAGUUCCUUUUUGCAAAUGAGAAAACUAACCCUUCGAGAAGUUACAGAACUUUCCAAGAGUCACAUGGCUCUGCAUCGGUAGAACUGGGUUUGAACGCAGAAUCGGGUUUGACCGCAAAAGCCUGUACUUUCAAUACUACACCACAUCAUACCUUGCUGGCUUCUACUCCAUUAUGAUGGAGGCAACUUUUCUGAAUGUUGUCUCUCUCUUUGCUCUGUCUCUACCAGAAUAUACCAGAAAUAUUGCAGUAACUUAAGCCGUUUAUGGCAUUUUAUAAACACAAAUCCAGAAUAUGGACCCAGUUUAACAUUAUUCAUAAAAGCAGGUUUUAUGACUCCCAUUAUAACAGGGAAUUCCCAAUUACUGCAACAUGGGAUUUUAUUGUUUUGGAAAGCUGCAUGUAAUCGAUUGGAAAUUUUGCAGACUUUCUAAUGAGGUAAUAGCAUACAAAUAAAACUUUGAGAGAGAACAGUUAUUCUUCACAGGAAAAGUAACCACUUGAUCUACAAAAGUUUUGCGUUUAAAGAAAAAUAACAUUGGCUGGAAUGGGCAUUGGCUUAUAAUCUGAUAAGGAAAUUGUAUAAUCUUUAUAUAUUAGUAUCAAAUUAUUAAAAAGCAUUAGAAUUGGAGUCCAAUGAAUGCAAGAGAUUUUUCAUUUUGCGCUUAGAAAAAUUCACUUUUGUAAUUCUGGACCAUUGUCCUUUACCCACUUACCAAAGACAGAACCCACAGUUACCCAAACCAGAUUGACUUUAAUAUUACCCAUUCUUUGUUAGAUGGGGCAUUUUUCAGGCCUAAGAGGAAAAUGUGCUAAUUGUCUUUAGGCAACUCUGAAAUUGGAAGUCCUAAAAUGUAGAGCAAGAUAACUUUGAAGGUGAAAUUACAUAAACUAGUUUUAAUCAUUUUUAAUUACAAGCAAAAGCCUGUUGCCUUUUUGUGCAGCAACCGCCAUUUCUGGAAACAGGUCGCUUUUAUUUAUUUUUUUUAUUAUUUUUUAAAAUUUUAUUUUAUUAUGUUAGUCACCUACAA